AUGAAGUUUACUAUUUCCACUCUCACGGCCUUGGCCCUUGGUGCCAUCCGCGCUGCCGCUGAGCCAACUGUCUAUUUCUGUGGUGACAGCACCAUGGCCAAGAACGGCGCCAACGAUGGAUCUACAGAUGGCUGGGGCAACUACAUUGGCCGAUACCUGACUGCCCCUGUUGUCAACAAGGCUAUCGGUGGCCGAUCUGCCCGCUCUUACUGGAACGAGGGCCGCUUCCAGGAGGUUGCCAACCUCGUCAAGUCUGGAGACAUUGUUGUCAUCGAGUUCGGCCACAACGAUGGUGGUUCUCCUGAGAAGAACGACAACAAGCGCUCUGACUGCCCCGGAGCCGGCAAGGAGACUUGCAUCUCGGACGUCACCGGCGAGACUGUCUACACCUUUGUCUUCUACGUCAGCCAGGCUGCCAAGCUCAUGACCGCCAAGGGUGCCACCGUCAUCCUCAGCUCCCAGACCCCCAACAACCAGUGGGAGACUGGCACCUUCAACUCUGCGGCCCCUCGCUUCGUGGGCUACCAGCAGACCGCCACCAAGGCCCUGGCCUCGUCGAGCGUCACCUACGUCGACCACUUCCAGGCCGUCACCAACAUGUACCAGAAGCUGGGCAAGGACGCCGUCAACGCCUUCUUCCCCAAGGACCACACCCAUACUAGCCCUGCCGCUGCCAAGGCCGUCGCCCAGGCUUUCGUGCAGGCUGUCUACGAGGAGCUGAACGGCAAGACCAGCCUGAAGCCCUAUGUCAAGACCCCCAUCACCAAGGUUUACUAG